AUGGCUUUCUCCGCGCGGAGGAGCCUCGCCACCACCCUCUCCAGCCACUUCACCCGCCGCCUCCACCCCUCCCUUUCCCACCUCGUCCCCUCCUCCCACCGCGACAACAACCGCGAGGACUCCUCCUCCUCCUCCUCCGGCCCCCCGUUCCCCACCCAGCAAGCCCCGCACUUCCCCUCCGGCGACCUCCGUCGGCGCUCGAGAUCCCAGGGCCUGGCCCUCCCGCUCCCCUUCGGCGCCCACCUCGCGGCCCACCGCAGCUUCUCCACCUCCUCCCCGGGACCGCAGAUCGAUGGGAUCCUCACCGACCCCGCGGCCGGCCAGAUGGAUGUCGCGGCGGGCGUCCUCUCCGACGCCGCAGCCUUGGUCGCGCCCGCCUUCCCGUUGCCCUUCCCGGGGGAAGUGGCCGCCGCCGCCGCAGACUCGUUUCCCCCCGUCGCGGCACUGCAGUACGCCAUCGACGCCGUCCAUUCGUUCACCGGGCUCAACUGGUGGGCUUCUAUUGCGGUGACGACCAUCUUGAUCCGAACGGUGACCAUCCCGCUGCUUGUGAACCAGCUGAAGUCCACGAUGAAGCUGAAUGCAAUGAGGCCAGAAAUUGAGGCGAUCAACAUGGAAAUGCGUAAUUCAAUGGAUCCACAAUCGAUGCUAGAGGGGAAAAAGAAAUUGGGCGAGCUAUUCACAAAGCAUGGUGUUAAUCCAUUGACUCCGUUAAAGGGUUUACUCAUCCAAGGGCCUAUAUUCAUGAGCUUUUUCUUCGCUAUACAAAACAUGGUGGAGAAAGUCCCUUCUUUGAAAGGGGGUGGAGCAUAUUGGUUUACUGAUUUGACAACUCCCGAUGAGCUUUACAUCCUCCCAGUGUUGACAUCAGUGACGUUCUUGGCUACGGUGGAGCUCAAUAUGCAAGAAGGUAUGGAGGGAAAUCCUAUGCUGCAAACGAUGAAGAAUUUCUCUAGAAUAUUGGCUCUUAUGACUAUACCAUUUACAAUGCACUUUCCCAAGGCAAUUUUCUGUUACUGGGUAACGGCAAACUUGUUCUCUCUUGGGUAUGGUUUUGCUCUCCGGAAGACAGCCGUAAGGUAUUUCUUGAAUCUUCCGGAGGUUGUACCACAGCCCAAAGCUGCGCAAUUGUCGACCUUCAACCUUUUCGAGGCACCAAAGCCAGUGUCAGCAGUUGAUACACCCACUGGAAACAACGGUGAUUCACCCACUGGAGACAACUGUGAUUCACCCACCGCAGCCAAUGGGUCAGAGCAGUCUAAUGCUGAGCUAAGCGAUCGGGUUGUGUUUCUUGAGAAGAAGAUUGCAGAACUUGAGAGGCGGGCUAAAGCUAGAGGCGAAUCUCAAGAGUAA